AUGAGACCAUCAAGAGUAUUGUUAUCAUCAAUUAAAUCUGCUAAACCAAAGAUUAAUUAUCCAGUAGAAAUGACACCGUUAUUUGCUGCGGUUGGUGUUGCUAUUGUAUCAGCUACUUUUUUCACAUAUAGACAUUUUUCUCAUGAUAAAGAAUUAAGAUUAUGGAAAAAUGCUAAUUUAUCUGAAUUGGAUAAUGUUUUAAAUAAAGCUGAGAAAGAUGAAAAAAAUAAAUAA